CUAACAGGGGCGGGGCCUGGGGCGGGGCCGCGGCGGGAGCGCGGGAAGUCCGGAUGCCCGCGCGCGGCUGCUGGAGCACGAACAUGGAGCGCGAGCUUCGCCAGCUGAGCAAGGCCAAGGCCAAGGCCCAGAGGAGCGGGCAGCUGCGGGACGAGGCCGCCCUCUGCCACCAGCUGGGGGAGCUCCUGGCCAGCCAUGGCCGCUACGCAGAGGCCCUUCGAGAGCACCAGCAUGAGCUCCAGCUCCUGGAGAGCGUCGACGACCCCCUGGGCUGUGCCGUGGCCCACCGCAAGAUCGGAGAGCGACUGGCUGAGCUGGAGGAUUACUCAGCUGCCCUGAAGCACCAGCAUCGCUACUUGGAGCUGGCCCAUUCUCUGUCCAAUCACACUGAGGUGCAGAGGGCCUGGGCCACCAUUGGCCGCACCUACCUGGACAUCUAUGACCACUGCCAGUCACAGGACACCUUGCUGCAGGCACAGACUGCCUUUGAGAAGAGCUUGGCUAUUGUGGACGAGAAGCUGCAGGGGACAUUGGCCAAGCGAGAACUGAGUGAGAUGAGGACCCGACUCUACCUGAACCUGGGCCUCACUUUUGAAAGCCUGCGGCAGAUGGCCCCGUGCAACGACUACUUCCGGAAGAGCAUCUUCCUUGCCGAGCAGAACCACCUCUAUGAGGACCUAUUCCGUGCCCGCUACAAUUUGGGUGCCAUCCACUGGCGCCGAGGGCAGCACUCCCAAGCCAUGCGCUGCCUGGAGGGGGCCCGAGAGUGUGCGCGCGUCCUGAGGAAGGAGCUCAUGGAGAGCGAGUGCUGCAUGCUCAUCUCACAGAUCCUCCAAGACCUGGGGGAUUUUUUGGCUGCCAAAAGAGCCCUGAAGAAAGCCUACAGGCUGGGCAUCCAGAAGCCUUUGCAGAAGGCGGCAGUCUGCCGGGCCCUGAAAUACGUGCUAGCUGUGGUCCGGCUGCAGCAGCAGCUGCAAGAGUCCGAGGGCAGCGACCCUCAGGGUGCCAUGGGCAUCUGCGAACAGCUGGGGGACCUGUUCUCCAAGGCAGGCGACUUCCCCAAGGCGGCUGAGGCCUACCAGAAGCAGCUGCAUUUCGCAGAGCUCCUGGGCCGGCCAGGGCCCGAGCUGGCCAUCAUCCACGUGUCCCUGGCCACCACCUUGGGAGACAUGAAGGACUAUCGCCGGGCUGUGUCCCACUAUGAACAGGAGCUGAGGCUUCGUGGUGGCGAUGCCCUGGAGGAAGCCAAGACCUGGUUGAACAUCGCGCUGUCCCGAGAGGAGGCUGGUGAUGCGUACGAGCUGCUGGCACCGUGCUUCCAAAAGGCUCUUAGCUGUGCCCAGCAGGCCCAGCGGCCCCAGCUGCAGAGGCAGGUCUUACAGCACCUCCACACCGUGCAGCUGAGGCUGCAGCCCCAGGAGGCCCCCGUCACCGCGGCCACACUGCAGGAGCUGAGUGUGCCCAGAGACCAGGAGGAUGACGACGAGGAAGAGAAGGAGGGGGACGGGGACACCCCAGAGGCCAGCGACGUGGAGCUCUCAGAGAGCGAGGGUGAUGCUGAGGGCCGCUCCCAGCAGCUGGAGGAAGAUGAGGAGCUGCAGGGCUGCCUAGGCCAGCAGAGGGUGAACAAGUGGAACCGGCGCAAUGACGUUGGGGAGACCUUGCUGCACCGAGCUUGCAUUGAGGGCCGUCUGGGUCGUGUCCAGGACCUCGUAAGACAGGGCCACCCUCUGAACCCUCGGGACUACUGUGGCUGGACGCCCCUGCAUGAGGCCUGCAACUAUGGUCAUCUGGACAUUGUGCGCUUCCUGCUGGACCACGGCGCUGUGGUCGAUGACCCGGGUGGCCCCGGCUGUGAGGGCAUCACUCCCCUGCAUGACGCCCUCCACUGCGGUCACUUCGAGGUGGCUGAGCUGCUCAUUGAACGGGGAGCAUCCGUGACGCUCCGAACCAUGAAGGGGCACAGCCCACUGGAGACACUGCAGCAGUGGGUGAAGCUGUAUGGCAAGGAUCUGGACAGCGAGACCCGAGAGAAGGCUGGCUCCAUGGAGAGCCUGCUCCGGGCAGCCUCCUCAGGCCAAGCUCCCCACAGCUCCCUGGCCCCCCACAUCCUUCCACGUAACCACCUGUUCGACCCUGAGAUCUCUCCUCCCUCAAGCCCCUGCCCAGGACCCCCAGAGACCUCUCAGGCCCGUGCUGGGGUCUCCCCAGGGCAGGCAGUUCCAGCUGCGGCCAGGCCUCGGCGGACCAGGCACAACCUGGCCAGCAGUAGCAGCUCAGAGGGUGAGGACAACCCGGGCCCGCCCCGGCCCGUCCAGAAGAGGCCCCGGCAUUAUGUCCCAGCACAACAGGCCAGAACCGGGGUGCCUGGCUCCACAAGCAGCCGGGAGGCAGUGGCAGUGAGUGCUACCCGGGCGGCCGUCCGAGGUGUGGGUGGUGCCCAGAUCUGCUGCCCUGGGCCUGGCCUACGGUGGGGCCCGGGCGAGCCCACCCCUCCCCGGGCAGCACUCAUCCCUGAGGAGGCGUGUCUGGCUGGGGACUGGCUGGAGGACGACUCACCGUUGACCCACAGCCACCAGGGUGGCUAUCUGCCCCACCCCCAGGGCAGCGGGGACGGCACCAGGCCUGGUGGCUUGGGGUCAGGCGGCAGCAAGAGCCCCGGCAGGCUCCGGGCCCGGGCCAGGCAGAGCCGGCUGCCCCGUCUCAGGAGUUGGAACGCACUGAGCAGGGCAGGGGGAGACAGCUCAGCUGCGGAGCUUCCAAGGAGCCCUGACAUGUCCAGGGCCUCAGGGCCCAGUGGGGACAGCCCGGCGGCAGGCCAGCCCUUGGGCCCGUCUUUGCCCCCUCCCAUCCGGGUGCGAGUGCGAGUGCAGGAUAGUCUCUUCCUCAUUCCCGUCCCACACAGCAGGGAGACCCACUCUGUAGCCUGGCUAGCGGAGCAGGCUGCCCAGCGUUACUGCCAGGCCUGUGGACUGCUGCCAAGGCUCGUCUUACGAAAGGAGGGAGCCUUGCUGGCCCCACAGGACCCCAUCCCCGAUGUGCUGCAGAGCAACGAAGAGGUGUUGGCAGAAGUCACUUCGUGGGACCUGCCCCCACUGACUGACCGCUACCGCCGGGCCUGCCAGAGCCUGGAGCAAGAGGAGGACCAGGAGGUGCUGCAGGCCGUGGACCGCCAAGGCUCCGGCCCCUCGUUCAGCGCCUGCUCCCUGGCCCUGCACCAGACCCAGCUCACCCCGCUGCUCCGGGCCCUCAAGCUGCACACGGCACUGCGGGAGCUGCACCUGGCAGGGAACCGGCUGGGGGACGGAUGUGCUGCUGAGCUGCUGGCUGCCCUGGGCACCAUGCCCAGCCUGGUCCUCCUGGAUCUCUCUUCCAAUCACCUGGGCCCUGAAGGCCUACGCCAGCUUGCCACCGGCCUCCAGGGGCAGACUGCCUUGCAGAACUUGCAGGAGCUGGACUUAAGCAUGAACCCCCUUGGGGAUGGCUGUGGCCGGGCCCUGGCAUUCAUCCUGCAGGCCUGCCCCUCACUCAGUACCUUGCAUCUCCAGGCCUGUGGCUUUGGCCCCAGCUUCUUCCUGAGCCACCAGGCAGCCCUAGGUAGUGCCUUCCAAGAUGCCAAGCACCUGCAGACACUGUCUCUGUCUUACAACAUCCUGGGCACCGCUGCCCUGGCCCACGCCCUGCAGAACUUGCCUGCCCAUAACCUCCAGCGCCUGGAGCUUAGCUCCGUGGCAGCCAGCAAGAGUGACUCGGGCCUCGUGGAGCCUGUGGUCAGGUACCUGACCAAGGAAGGCUGUGUUCUAGCUCACCUGAGCCUGUCUGCAAACCACCUGGGCGACAAGGCAGUGGGAGACCUGAGCAGAUGCCUUCCUUGUUGCCCCUCACUCAUUUCACUGGACCUGUCUGCCAACCCUGAGAUUAGCUGUGUUGGCCUGGAGGAGCUCCUGUCUGCCCUCCAGAUGCGGCCCCAAGACCUCAGCUUCCUUGGCCUGUCAGGCUGUGCUGUCCAGGGCCCCCUGGGCCUGGGCCUCUGGCGCGAGAUCACAACACGGGUGCACGAGCUGCAGCUCUGCAGCAGACGUCUCUCCCCCGAGGACCGGGCCGCCCUGCGCCAGCUGCUGCCCGGCCAGCCGGGCCCCGGCGCGUGCUCACUGGACCGAGGGCCCAAGCUCUUCUUCAGGCGCCUGUGACCAGCCGGCGCUGCCCUUGCCCCCACUCCCCACGCCUCAAAUAAACGGAUGCUGCUGCUGCCGCUGCCGCUGCUGCUGCCUGAAAGGCGGGGGGGAGGCGGAAAACGGGGGUUCACUUGGCUGUAGGGAAGCUGAGAGCCCGCUGGAAUGGAGGGCAGUUCCGGUCACUUAGAAGCCCCGUAGACGAAAGCCAAGCUUUCCCCUUCCCCGAGCCUCUUUCCCCCUCGCCGGCAGUCCGCCCGGUGCCGCGCAGGGGGCGGGGCCCGGCCGUUUCCGGCGCGCGCAGGCGCGGACGUCGGGCGAUCGUCGAUUGGGGGUGAGGCGUGCUCGGACGCAGACCUUGGGGGUCGAGCGCAGAUUGCAGGGGGGAGGGGCGGGCAGUGCGUGCGCAAGCGCAGACGUGAAGGAGCGUCGAGCGAUCGAUCCGGAGCGCCGCAGCGCGGCGCCGUCUGCCCUACCCGCCCAGCCGGCUCAGGCCAGUCCUCCCGGAAGGCCCGGGAAGGUGGCCGAACAGUCUCUCUGCCGCCGCCAGGUGGGCUCUUGGCCCUGCAUCUGCCUUCCCAGACAACAUUCCUCCCUCGGAGACGCGCCUCAGCUUGGACCACACUGCCUUUCCCAGCCUCUGUUCCCUGGGUGCCCUAGGCCUCAGCCUGCAUUGCUUUGUCUCCUCGUUCCCCUGUUAAUCGUCCGGUGUGUGACCCGCCCAGCCCGUGUCAUGGCUCAGCCCUGCCAGCCUGGGCCUCUCCUGACUUCAGCUGCCUCAGCACACCUCUCCAACCCCACACAUCAGCACCAGCGCCCCCUUUCCUGCAGGCCUGUCCUUCUUCCCUCUCCUCCAGCUCAGGUCAUCUUACUGUCACUGGGGCAGACACAGGGGUAUUGUUCUUGAUUCCUUUUUAAUUAACAUCCCGUUUCAAAUACUUCAGUGGGUCUGGUGGUUUCAUGUCCAAAGCAUGUCUGGAACUGUCUCCACCCAGUGCGUCAGCCUCCUGAGCGGGCAAGACCCUCCCAGGGGCCUCAUGCCUUCAGUUUUAUCUCAGCCCACUGUGCUGCUGUGAGCCCCGGGAGCUUGUCCUUAGGCCAUCAGUAGCUUCUGCUGUGUUAGUAUAAGCCUCCUACUCCCUCUCCUGACCUGUGAGGGCUGUGCACUUUGAUCCAGUCUCUCCAUCUUUGUUCAGGAAGCCCCCUCCCCCACUUGUCUGUUCUCUACCUGCGUUUCUCUUAAAGGCCUUGAGUUAUGUGUGCUUUUCUCUCUGCCCAAAUGCUCUUGCCCAGGUCUUCUGAUAGCUGCCACCUCCUCAUCUUUCUCCUGGCUCACAGCAGACUUCAGGGAACCCUGACCCCUUACUGCCACUGCUCUGCUUUCCUGAGAUGCCCCUUGGCACCCACUUCCUCCUGACGGUCUAGGGUGGCGCUGGUGUUCCCACCACAGCACACGGCACCCUGUGUGUUCACUCUGAUGUAGGCCAGCCAGCUCUGAGGACCCAGAGAGGGUUCUGCAAGAGGGUCCGUGCCUUCACACAGGAUAGAAAAUCAAACAUGAGCCAGGAGAAAGUGAGAGCAGAGUUUAUUGAAUUGUGUAAGUGAUAAUGUAUAGCAGAUGGAGCAUCUGGAAAACUCAGAAAUGGAAGAAGAGUGAGUCCUCCUCUUGGGGUCUGGGGUUUUUAUUGAGGAUGCUGGUCUGGUGUAUAUGUCCUCUCGGGUAUCCCGGAACUGGUCAGAACAAAGACAAGUGUCCACGUAUCAUUUAUAAAUCAAUUAUCCCUGGAAUCAGGGGGUCUUGGCAUCAAAAUGUCUGGAGUCAGCGGUCUGGAAUAUGCACAGGAGGGCCUCACCCAGUCACUCCUUAGAUGUUCUCCACUGUGCUGGAAGACUCCAAAGAAAUCAUUAACGCCUUGACCUUUAUAAUGAGGACAUGCGUUAUUUGUAUUGUUAAGGCAUGUGCAAGGUGGGGGUGCAGAUCCCAGCACGAGCAGAUCAGGAAAAGGAGCAAAAAA